CAUUCCGCAGUCGCACCACAUCAUUUAAAGAAGGUGCGCGCAUCUAGUCGCAGGAGCGGACCGAUCUUAAGUGCAACAUAAUUGACCAAUACGAGAGCGCGAGUGUAUCAACGAUUUUGAAGCGCCCGAUGUCGACUCUGCACCAGCAUCAACAGCAGCAGGUUCAGUUUCAUCGGCGGGUCCGUUCCCGAUAGUCCACACACGCAGGUGCAUCACCCAAACUUUUAACCUACACUAUCUGCACGGCUACGAGAAUAAGCGAGGAUGGGGGCCUUUUUGGGCCACGCAACGAUUUUACUUCUUUGGUUGGCCCGACUAACCUUGGCUGUGAAGUCCGUGGAUGUCCUAAGUGGUGGUAUCGCAACUGGCAUACAGGAGGAAGAGAUCCUGCGCGUUCUUGCUCAGAAUAAGACCGACAGAUCUGAUAAUUUCACUUUCAUCGAGCUCAUUGGCAGCGUGUCCCACCAAUAUAACAACAGCCUUAACACGGACGAGAUACAAAGCUAUGUGACAAACGAUAAGCGUACCACGAAUCCUUAUUAUGAUGUUUAUGGAGAGAAAAUCGAUCUUCAGGCUCGUAAAUUUCUCCAAAUUGUUCCGACUUUUGAUCCUGGCGCGGGACAAGUCAGUCAAAAGUGUAGAAGACAAGCUGCCUUAUUUUAUGAGGAAUUAAAGAAAUUCAGUCUGUGGGCACUUAAAAUGUUCGAUGCAACGGCGAAGAUGCCGUCGGGCCUCCUAAAUGGCAACGUUAACCAACUUGGCGACUUCGACGAGUGCCUGGGUGUAGAAGGAACGCAGGGCAUCCGGGGUCAGUACUGCCUCGCCUACCUGCAGCUCGACGUCGAAGACUCGCGACCGGAUCUACAGCAACUUCAUCGACUUAUGCACUCGCAUUAUGCCUUCCGGAGCAACAUCUCGGACCCUGGCCAUAGAGUGCCCCGCUUCGGAACGGUUAACUGGGCUGUCUGUGCGCCAUCAGGUUGUAAUCCCCGAGAUGUGGAGGCCUCCCUCAGGCACACACUUGCCAAGCACACCGAGCAGACCGGCCUCAAGAUCACUGUCAAGGUCGAUGCGGAAAUGUGUCAAGUGCGAAGGACGGAGCCACUGCCGACCGAAACUCUUCUGGUUGGAUUUUUCUUCACGGCGGUGGUCGUCCUUUCAAUAAUUGCUGGCCUUUGCGACCAUUAUAAGGUGCCGGCGAGUCCAGCCGUCCUCGCCUUCUCUCUAAAAAGGAACGUCUUGAAGCUCAUCUCCUUGGAGCGCGGCGAGGGCGACAUUGCGACGGUCCACGGAAUUCGAGCUCUCAAUGCCUUUAUGCUUAUACUAGCCCACAAGAGUCUUGCUCUCUUUUUCAAUCCUUAUACUAAUCGGACGGAGAUGACCGAGUACGUUGGCAAGCCAUGGACUGUUAUUGGCAGAGCUGCCAGUUUAUACACCGAUCCGUUUAUCAUGCUUUCUGGACUUUUGACGACCUAUUCGUUCGUUGGAAGACUAGACAAAAUUGGCAAAUUGAACGUACGCAAUGAGUACUUAAGUAGAUUAUUAAGGAUAGUACCAACAUUAGGGGCUCUUAUUUUAUUUUGUACGUAUAUCAUGCCUUUUAUUGGUUCCGGACCUCAGUGGAAUUUAGUUGUAACGCAACAUGCCGAUAUUUGUAAAAGAACCUGGUGGCGAAAUUUCCUGUUUAUUCACAAUUAUUUUGGAUUUGAGAAUAUGUGCCUUACACAUACACAUCACGUUGGCAUAGAUACGCAACUCUUUGCAUUGUCACCUCUGAUGGUAUUAGCUAUUUAUAAAAAACCAAAGAUUGGAAUUACCGUUUUAACGUUGGUUGCUAUGUUAUCGACUGUACUUAGAUUUUAUGUGACAUACUUUUAUCGAUUAAAUAAUUACAUAUUCUUUGGUACAUCAAUACGGCAGUUGUUCGAUACUGCAAAUCUUUCGUAUAUUUUGCCGAGCCAUAGGCUUACUGUUUAUAUUAUAGGAGUAUUUGUAGGAUAUUUAUUAAGAAAGUGGCCGAAAAGUUAUAAACUGAAUAAUACGAUUAUUUUUAUUGGUUGGUCUUUAUGCAUAUUAAUGGCAAUCGGUGCAUUUUUUGGACCAGCUGGAAUGGGAUCUAUUAACUAUGUAUACAAUCCUAUUCAUGCAGCUACUUACAAUGCGUUUGCCCCAAUUGGAUGGUGUGCAAUUUUUAUUUGGAUGACAUUUUUGUCACAUACUGGAAACACUGAUGGAUGGUUAAGCAAGGUAUUUGCCUGGAAGGGUUUUCUUAUAACUACCAGACUAAGUUACGCUAUUUACUUAACGCAGUUUCCUGUAUUUUUUUUUAACGUUGGAGAAACCAGAAGUGCAGAGUAUAUUGGAUUUAUUAGAAUGAUGUUAAACGUAAAAGAACUCUUUUGGAUACUAGGAGCUUCUAUUAUUCUUACCAUUUUAUUUGAAACACCAUUCCAAAAUCUUAGAAAUCAAUACUUGAAAAGAAAAAGUUUAAAUCAAACAACAUCGAAGCCUUUGUCUCAUACUGCGAAUACAAUGAAAGAAAUUAAAUCAGAUUAAGACAGAUAAAGAUUAUAUAAUUUUAAAUGACGAUGUCUUAUGGCUGAUAAUAAUCGAGCAAUUAUAUUUUUAAAAUUAAAUCGUCUUCCAGUAGUAACUAUGACAAUAAUUGUCUUACAUUUAUUAUUAAUAUAUUGAAUUGAUGAUGUGAAUGGAAUGCAAAAUGCGCAUCCAUAUGUCCAACACAUGUUAUUUAAGUAUAAGUCGCGUGUAGUCGACGGCAUUGUGUAGAUACUUGAAUUGCAGUAGUUGAUCCUGUACAUAUAAUAAGUGUCGACUGUCCCUGGUACAAAUCGGAUCAGAUUAAUGAAGAUUGCAUUGAGUUUUUGUAAUAUUUCAAACAUUGUUAGAAUAUUUUAAUGCAUUAAUUUGAAGUACUAUUAACAGUUAGUCUCUAAUGAGGUAAUAUGUACGAAAUAUGAAGA